UAAAUUACUAUUUUUUUGCUAUAGUUUAAUAUUCACGGUGACACUGUACACUAUAUUAUAGAGCUAGGACAACUAACCUCUCAUCCCCAUCUUUUUCAUUUCGCCUCGCUAAGGUAACGAUUUAGCGAUAAAAUGGCAAUCAGACCAGCAUACCGGCCGACAAUUGUCAAGAAGAGGACAAAGAAGUUCGUCAGACAUCAAAGCGACCGCUAUGACAAGCUCAAGCGUAACUGGAGGAAGCCCAAGGGUAUUGACAACAGAGUACGUAGACGUUUCAAGGGCCAGUACUUGAUGCCCAACAUUGGAUACGGUAGUAAUGCUAAAACUAGACAUAUGCUACCCACUGGAUUCAGGAAAGUCCUCGUACACAAUAUCAAGGAGUUGGAAGUCCUGAUGAUGCAGAACCGUAAAUUCUGCGCUGAAAUCGCCCACGCAGUAAGCAGUAAAAAACGCAAAUCCAUUGUUGAACGUGCCCAGCAAUUGUCUAUCCGUGUAACGAACGCUAACGCACGUAUCCGUUCUGAAGAAAACGAAUAAGCUGGAAAUUUGUAUUUUACUUUUAAUUAAAUAUAAACAAAAACUAAACAACA